GUGAGUAUACAACGAUUCGUUCCUUAAACCAGUAUGAGGCCUGUCUAGUCACUGAUGAUGACUGUCCACUUAUAAUACUUCGAAAACUGCAGUUUUUCUCUGGAUCCAACGAUGCGUCAUACCUGGUGGAGUUUGACCAUCGGGACGCUCAUCCUAUCCUUGGGGGCAAACGGCGUGACCCAAGUCCAAGUACAACGACUCCUUACCGUCAAGACCCUGAAGAGUGCUCAGAUAGCCACGUGGAUGAGUUACCCGAUCAGCCUCUGCCUGGGACUGCUAACGAGUUUUGCUGGCCUGGCCAUGUACGCCUUCUUCGUUGACUGCGACCCCGUGGCAGCGGGGGAGAUUUCCUCGAGCGACAUGCUGAUGCCCUACUUCGUGAUGAAGACGACCGCCAACAUGCCGGGACUGGCUGGUCUCUUCAUCGCUGGAGUAUUCAGUGCGGGAUUGAGCACUGUGUCCGCGAUCCUAAAUUCCCUGGCAGCGGUUGCCCUGGAGGACUAUAUAAAACCGGUGUACGUUAAACUAGGUUUUCAGUUUCCAGAAAAACGGGCUACCCUCGUCGGAAAGUCUCUGGCCAUUGCCGUAGGAGUAAUAUGCAUCCUGCUGUCUUUUCUCUCCAAACGCUUUGGCAGCUUGGUCCAGGCAUCUUACAGCAUUGCUGGAAUAAUCUAUGGACCACUGCUCGCCAUUUUUACUCUCGGGAUGUUCUUCGAGUCUGCAGAGGAAAAAGGAGCCGUCAUGGGAAGCUUGGUCGGUCUGGCUUUAGUGAUUUGGAUUGCAUUUGGAUAUCCCAGGCCUUCAAAGAUCCCAUUGUCGGUGUCUACCGUCGGCUGCAAUGGGACUUUGCCAACGCAGACUAUGUCAAGUAUCAGGCAAAUGCCACUCGGGGAUUCAUCAUACUUUUAUCUUUACCGAAUUUCCUACAUGUGGUACGCACCCCUGGGCUUUAUCGUGUCCGUGGUCAUUGGUCUGGCAGUUAGCACCCUGAUCGGUUUGCUCUCUAAGAAAACUCCUCGAGAAAUAGACCCAGACCUCUUUACGCCUCUGGUAGCAAAGAGAGUACGGCGAAGGCGAGUCAACUUAUCGAAAACAUCAAACAGUCAAAUUCUAACGCUACGUGAACAUGCAAUGGACAUAGAAACUCCAUCGUAACUGAUUGCUUCGAGUAUGAAAUACA